GCACCUCAGUUGAGCAGGAGCACCGCACUGAGUCACAGACGGAGACACGCACGCACUCACACUCAGUCACUGACUCUCUCUUCACACACACACACUCACUCGUGUACGCACACAAGUGAAGCCUCCUGCGGUAUCCCAUACGGCGCAGCGGCUUUUCCAAGCGCAUACCAAGUGCGUCCUCGCCGAGGGAUGGGAAGUGCAGCGUCCGGGUGCCAGAGCGCACAGAGCGGCGUAGUAGAGUCUCACUGAGCGGGGAAUGCUGCUGGAAGUCCGCUGCUAUUUCAAGCCUUUCUCGCACAGGAAUCUCCUAACUCUAACAGCAGAACCAGCCGGGAUUUAAAGUGAGAGUCAAGUGAUUUCGUCAGGAUUUUACGCGUUUGUCAUUUUUCUUUGGGGUGGCAGCUGAAAUACCAGGAGUUGGGGAUUUUGCUCCGGACGUGCCUCAUUUCCGCAGUGUCGAUGCGGCUGCGGCUGUGAAGUGAUCUGCAUAGAUUACAGGCACAUGAUGCACAGCAUCGCAGAAGAAGCUUGAUCCUGAUUGGAGACAGUGCUGGUCUGUGCCUCCUUCCCUCUCCUCGCUGCUCCCACCCUCAACCCAGCCAUGACAGCCCUCACCAGAACAUGGACCUCCUUUUUUGUAUGCUGCUUUCUGUCAAGUCUGGUGGUCUCUGUGACGUCACAAACGGUGGUGCAGGCCCCACAGAGCCACAGCGCUGGCUCACAGGUGAUCACAAUGUCCCUGCAGGACGAGGAGUACGCCUCCUUUCGCUCCGAGAACCCCGAGUGGACAUUCAACCACCUGGCGGUGGACUAUCGCAACGGCAACGUUUAUUUAGGUGCCGUCAAUCGCAUAUAUAAACUCUCCCCGAGCUUGGAGGUCCAGGUCUCACACGAGACGGGCCCAGACGAAGACAACCGUAAGUGCUACCCACCUCGUAUUGUCCAGCCUUGCAGUGAGCCGCUGACGCUCACCAACAAUGUCAACAAGAUGCUCCUGAUGGACUACCGGGAGAACCGGCUGCUGGCGUGCGGCAGCCUCUACCAGGGCAUCUGCAAACUUCUGCGUCUAGAUGACCUCUUCAAACUAGGAGAACCCUUCCACAAGAAGGAGCACUACCUCUCCGGUGUCAAUGAGAGUGGAUCGGUGUUUGGCGUCAUUGUUUCCUACGGCAAUGCCUCUCCGGACAUGCUGUUUGUAGCCACGGCAGUGGACGGCAAGCCAGAGUACUUCCCCACCAUCUCAAGUCGUAAACUGGCCAGAAACUCAGAGGAGGAUGGCAUGUUUGCUUAUGUCUUCCAUGACGAGUUCGUGGCCUCUAUGAUCAAAAUCCCCUCAGACACCUUUACUGUCAUCCCUGACUUUGACAUUUACUACAUUUACGGCUUUGCCAGUGGGAACUUUGUCUACUUUCUGACUUUACAGCCCGAAAUGGGGGGUGGGCCGACGACUGGCUCCUCAUCCACUGGUCGGGAGCAGGUUUAUACUUCCAAGAUAGUCCGUCUUUGUAAGGCCGACACCGCCUUUAACUCCUACGUGGAGGUGCCCAUCGGGUGCAUCAGCGGCAAUGUGGAGUACAGAUUACUCGAGGCAGCCUACCUGUCCAAAGCAGGUGCCAUCCUGGCGCGUUCGCUGGACGUAGCACCCGAUGACGACGUGUUGUUCGCUGUGUUCUCCAAAGGACAGAAGCGACGUCCGCAACAAGCCUCCCAAGACUCGGCCCUCUGCGUGUUCUCUCUGAGGAAGAUCAACGAGAAAAUUAAGGAGCGACUGCAGUCCUGCUACAAGGGUGAAGGCACGCUGGACCUGGCUUGGCUAAAAGUCAAAGAUAUCCCCUGCAGCAGCGCGCUGUUGACCAUCGAUGACGACUUCUGCGGCUUGGACAUGAACGCACCGCUCGGCGUGUCCGAGAUGGUCCGUGGCAGACCGCUCAUCUCCGACGCCGUGGACAAAAUGACCUCCGUCAUCGCCUACGUCUACAAGAACCACUCCCUCGUCUUCGUGGGCACCAAAAAUGGCCGAGUUAAGAAGAUCCGGGUGGACGGCUCGCCUCGUGCGCUGCAGUAUGAGACGGUACAAGCUGUGGACAACGGCCCCAUCCUCAGAGACAUGGCCUUCUCUUCUGACCACCACUACCUCUACGUCAUGUCUGAGACACAACUGUCCAGGGUACCAGUGGAGGCCUGUGGUCAGUACACAACCUGCAGUGAAUGCCUUGGCUCAGGAGAUCCCCACUGUGGCUGGUGUGUGCUUCACAACAUGUGCGCCAGAAAGGAGAAAUGUGAGCGCUCGUCGGAGCCCCGGCGCUUUUCAUCAGACAUCAAGCAGUGUGUGCAUCUCAGUGUCCACCCAAACAACAUCUCCGUGUCCCAGUUCAGUGUAACGUUGGUAUUGGAAGCCCACAAUGUUCCAGAACUGUCUGGGGGAGUCAGCUGCAGCUUUGAGGACCUUGCUGAGAUGACUGGGCUGGUGGAGGGAAACAGGAUUAAGUGCUUUUCGCCUGCAGAGAAGGAGAUGCCACGAAUUGUCGUAGACAAAGGUGAUCAUCAGAUUGUGCAGCUCUAUCUUAAAUCCAAAGAGACUGGCUUGGCCAUCGCAAAUACCGACUUUGUCUUUUACAACUGCAGCGUGCAUAAGUCGUGUCUGUCAUGUGUGAGCAGCCCGUACCAGUGCCACUGGUGUAAAUAUCGACACGACUGCACUCAUGACCCUCGCACGUGUUCCUUCCAAGAGGGACGCGUCAAGAAACCUGAGGGGUGCCCCCAGCUACUGCCAGCAGAGAGGAUCCUUGUUCCAGUCAACGUGGUGAAGCCCAUCACUCUGAGAGCCAAGAACCUCCCACAGCCUCAGUCCGGUCAGAGGGGAUACGAGUGUGUUCUGACCAUCCAGGGAAACGAACAUCGGGUUCCAGCCCUGCGGUUUAACAGCUCCUCUGUCCAAUGUCAAAACACAUCGUAUUUCUACGAUGGGAUGGAGAUGAGCAGUCUUCCUGUGGAGCUGACCGUCAUCUGGAACGGAGAUUUCAGCAUCGACAACCCCGCCGCCAACAGUGUCCAUUUGUACAAGUGUGAUGCCCAGCGUGGAAGCUGCGGUUUGUGCCUGAAGGCAGACCCACUGUUUGGCUGUGUUUGGUGUAAGGGAGAGAACCGCUGCACCCUUAAGCAACACUGCCCCCACCCUGAGAACCAGUGGCUGGAGCACAACGGCAUUAACAGCAAGUGCACCCACCCACGCAUCACACAGAUCACUCCCCUUCGUGGUCCCAGGGAAGGUGGUACACUUGUGACUAUUCGGGGUGAAAACUUGGGUCUGGACUUCAAAGAGAUCCAAGGAAACGUGAAGGUGGCCGAAGUGGACUGCAUACCUAUACGUGAAGGCUACAUCCCAGCUGAACAGAUUGUUUGUGAAAUGGGCAAAGCAGAAAAGAGCCAGUACACAGGCAACGUGCAGGUCUGCGUGGGGGUUGGAGAAUGCAGUUCAGAGUUCAAGGCCAAAUCCUCCAAGUACUACUACUUUGUGAUCCCGAGGAUUAUCAACAUCAAGCCCAGCCGAGGGCCUGUGUCUGGAGGAACUGUCGUCAACAUCACUGGCAGCCACCUUGACGCUGGAAGCAAUGUGUCAAUCAUGUUCAAGGACCAGCCAUGCACUUAUCUAAGGAGGGGAGGCCAGUGGCUCACCUGUCGAACCCAUGCUUCUCUGCAAGGCUAUGGAAACGUCUCUGUGUCUGUGAGCAUAGACAGGGCUCAUCUCCAAAAAGACCUGCGGUUCGAAUACGUGGAGGAUCCCACCAUUUUCAAGAUAGAGCCUGAGUGGAGCAUCUACAGUGGUCAUACACCAGUAACGGUGAUGGGAACUAACCUGGAUAUCAUUCAGACUCCACUCAUCAGAGCCAAAUACAACGGCCAUGAGACACUGAAUCUGUGUCAGGUACUCAGCCCUACGAUCAUGCAGUGCCAAGCUCCGGAGCUGCCCAUCAGCUUGGCCAGGCAGCAAGAGGUGCCUGAACGACCCGAUGAGUUUGGCUUCAAACUAGAUGACGUUCAGGCUGUGAUGGCACUCAACAACACUAACUUCAUCUACUAUCCAAACCCUGAGUUUGAACCUCUUACUGUGUCUGGCGUUCUGGAGCUUAAACCUGGAUCACCAAUCAUAUUGAAGGGACGUAACUUUUUACCACCAACCAACAGUGGAAAUGGGAAGCUAAACUACACUGUUCUGAUUGGAGAGAAGCCAUGCAUGUUAACCGUGUCAGAAACCCAGCUGCUUUGUGAAUCCCCAAAUCUGACGGGUCGGCACAAGGUCUUGGCACGUGUGGGGGGCAUUGAGUUUUCCCCCGGUGUGGUCCUCAUCACGUCCGACACACAGCUCAGCAGCACAGCCAUCAUAGGCAUCGCAGCAGCUGGAGCCAUGCUCAUCCUCUUCAUCGUAGCUGUGCUCAUAGCCUACAAGCGCAAGUCUCGUGAGAGUGACCUGACCCUGAAGAGACUGCAGAUGCAGAUGGACAACCUGGAGUCACGUGUGGCCCUGGAGUGUAAAGAGGCUUUUGCGGAGCUGCAGACAGACAUCCACGAGCUUACCAGUGAUCUAGACGGUGCAGGAAUCCCCUUCUUGGACUAUAGGACCUACACCAUGAGGGUUCUAUUCCCAGGCAUUGAGGAACAUCCUGUACUCAGAGACCUAGAGGUGCCUGGUUACCGUCAGGAGCAAGUGGAGAUGGGACUGAAGCUCUUCGGUCAGCUCAUUAACAACAAGGUCUUCCUACUGUGUUUCAUCCGCACCUUGGAAGCCCAGCGUGGCUUCUCCAUGAGGGACCGUGGCAACGUUGCCUCGCUCAUCGUGACUGUGCUGCAGAGCAAGCUGGAGUAUGCCACUGAUGUCCUGAAGCACCUGCUGUCUGACCUCAUAGAACGCAACCUUGAGAGCAAGAACCAUCCCAAGCUGCUGCUGCGCAGGACUGAGUCUGUGGCAGAGAAAAUGCUGACCAACUGGUUCACGUUUCUCCUCUACAAGUUUCUGAAGGAGUGUGCAGGAGAACCUCUCUUCUCCCUCUUCUGUGCCAUCAAGCAGCAGAUGGAAAAAGGCCCCAUUGACUCCAUCACAGGAGAGGCGAGAUACUCGCUCAGCGAGGACAAGCUCAUCAGACAACAGAUCGACUACAAGACGCUGGUGGUAAACUGCGUCCACCCAGAGAAUGAGAAGACCCCAGAGAUCCAGGUGAAGGUGCUGAACUGUGACACCAUCAGCCAGGUGAAGGAGAAGAUCCUGGACGCCAUCUAUAAAAACGUCCCACACUCCCAUCGCCUAAAAGCCUCCGACAUGGACCUAGAAUGGCGUCAGGGCAGAGGACAACGCAUGAUUCUGCAGGAUGAGGACGUCACCACAAAGAUCGAAGGCGACUGGAAGAGACUGAACAUGUUGGCACAUUAUCAGGUGCCUGAUAAUGCAGUCAUGGCAUUGGUUCCCAAGCAAGUAACGGCCUAUAAUUCAGUCAAUAACUCCACCGUGUCACGAACUUCUGCAAGUAAAUACGACAACAUGAUGAAAUACACCGGAAGUCCUGACAGCCUGCGUUCCCGCACUCCCAUGAUCACCCCUGACCUGGAGAGCGGAGUCAAAGUUUGGCACCUUGUGAAAAACCACGAGCACGGAGACCAGAAAGAGGGCGACCGUGGGAGCAAGAUGGUCUCUGAGAUCUACCUGACACGACUUCUGGCCACUAAGGGUACGUUACAAAAGUUUGUGGACGACCUGUUUGAGACCAUCUUCAGUACAGCCCAUCGAGGCAGCGCCCUACCACUGGCCAUCAAGUACAUGUUUGACUUCCUGGACGAGCAGGCAGACAAACACAACAUCCACGACCCACAUGUUCGACACACAUGGAAGAGCAACUGCCUACCUCUGCGUUUCUGGGUGAAUGUGAUCAAGAAUCCCCAGUUUGUCUUCGACAUCCACAAGAGCAGCAUCACAGACGCCUGUCUGUCUGUGGUGGCACAGACCUUCAUGGACUCCUGCUCCACCUCGGAGCACCGCCUUGGGAAGGACUCGCCCUCCAACAAACUGCUUUACGCCAAGGACAUCCCCAGCUACAAGAGCUGGGUGGAGAGGUACUACUCCGACAUCAGUAAGAUGCCAGCCAUCAGUGACCAGGACAUGAACGCCUACUUAGCAGAACAGUCACGGAUGCACAUGAAUGAGUUCAACACUAAGAGUUCUCUCAGUGAGAUCUACUCCUACGUGGGCAAAUACACCGAAGAGAUUGUGUGCUCACUGGAGCAGGACGAUGCAGCCAGGAAACAGAGGUUGGCCUCCAAGCUGGAGCAGGUGGUGGCCCUUAUGCGUCUUGAGAGCUGAGGACCGCAUUUCCCAGGGUGCACUGGGAAGAGACCCCAUCAGAAACCGAGCCGUGCCUGAGUGAAGACCUGUCCCCAACUUUUUUUUUUUUUUUUAAUUUCCAUCACUUCCGAUUCCUCCCGUUCUUCUGCCUUUCAAAGAUUGACCUUGUUUCUUGACCUUUCGAUCUGCUUCCACUUCCCUGGGAAAGAUUUUGUUUCCUCAUCCAGUCUGCUGCACAUAGACUAGUUUUACCUGAAUACAUCCGAGGGGUGGUAUCGGGCUGAGGUCAGCAUCUCCCACAAUGCAAUGUGAGGGAGUCCUCAGCUUCACCACAGGGAGAGCGCUUCAAGGGGUGACUGUGUCAAAGCUGGCCAUAUUGGCAUGAGUCAGUCCCCCUGCUGGAAAGAAGAAGGAGAAAACAUUUUUAUGUUGCCUUUAAGAAUUUACAUCAAUAUGUAAUUCUUAAAAAAAAGAAAGCCCCCACAGUGCUGGGUGUUGUUUUUGUUGAACUGUUUUUUUCCUUUAAUCUAUGACAGUUAUAAUAAAAACCAUCUUUAGAGUCCAGUUUAUUGUAGUUCUAUAUUCAGUAAGUAGAAGAAACAUUGAAGUGAUGACCGCAAGCCAAAUGAACACCUCCAGAAAAAAGAGCGAACAAAAGAAUGGUUUGCCAAGUUUACACUGUAACUACAAACUUCAACAUACAUAUCUGAGACUGGGGGGCGAGUCCAGGCGGACCUUGAAUGUUCUUGUGUUCCUUCAAUGUAGCUGGAGCUGUAGACUGAUGGGGGGUAAGGAAGGCUACGUGCUUCUCUGAAACAUUACUGACAAUUAAACUUUGCGAAGCAGAGUAUCUCCGUGCUGUAUCCCUACUGCAACAUUCACGCAUCCCACCCCCCACUCCUCCCCCAAUGGCCAGCUUAAAUUUGUUUGAGAGAAUAUGCUCAUAGUUUCUGCUUCUUUCCGGCUUAUGUGGUUCCUGCAAAAAUGACCCCUGUUAGCGAAACCCCCCCCCCUCCUAGAGGCCCUUACCCAAGUUGGAUCCUCUGAAAGAAGCACACGAAUCAUCUCAAAAAGACAGUGUUUCCACCAAACACCUGACGCGCUUUCUUGUCGACGGUCUAUCAAAGCACACACACACACACCGAUGCACAGAAACAAACAAUCAGCAGCUGCCCAGAUGUCUACGCCAACCGUGAAGAUAUGAGACUGUGAGAAACUAUAUCAAGUCAGAGACGGCUGACUGCUACCUAAAGGGGGCUCUGUUGGCGGAGUAGCACCUUUUUCCUUGGAUGUUCUUAUUUAAAGACUUUUGAAAACGUGAUGGAUUUCAGUCAGCCAAAAAAACCAAAGGAGCUUGAAAUUUUCAAUACGGUCCAUGUGUUUGUAAAAGUGCCACUGAGGAACGGACUAAAAGAAAUUAAGAGGACUGUGUAGAAGACGACAACUUCUGAGACAGAAAAACAUAAAUAUUAUUGUGACUGGAACUUCAACUGAAUUUUCUGACCUCAGUGUGUCGAGGUGAGGGACUCCUCUUUCCAUCCUCCCAGAGUCUCCCCCCCGGCUCUCGACACACCGUUCACCUUUGUGUCUGGCUCCUGACCAGUUUCCCCCUUUUGUUUUGCACAAGCGUUGGAGAUGGUAGCUAGUCGUGUAUGGCAAAAACUCACCUCCUCCCAACUCUUCUUCAGUCUGUAUCUGUUGAGGCGCUCUUGUCUGUAUUAGUGUAGUUAUCCUCAGUGGCGGCAGGGGGCAACCUUCUCCAAGCCUAAUAAAUGAAAAAAAAAAGGAACAAAAACAUCAGAUAGAGCUAACAAGGAUCGAAACAGAGUCAGAUAAAAAGAAAACGAUACAAGACAUUAAAGUUGCUAAGACUUUUUGGAUGUGAACCCCCACCCAACCCCACCUCAGCUGUGGGAGAAAAAGAGGGAGCGAUUGAAAGCUGAUGGAGGCGCCCUCUCUCACCUCUGCCCUUUCUUUUGCCUUGACAACGUGCCCCAUGUGGUGAUGUGAAUGUGUGAAGACCGCCCUAGGUCCACCUUGGGUCUUUUAUUGGCUUUUUAAGCGCAUGUAAAACAUAAACGAUUUAAGAAACUUAUUUAAAAAAAAAACUAAAAAAAAAAGGAAAACAAGAAAACUAAGCCUUGCGAUGAUGAUGUGGAUGUGUUCUUUUAUCUUUCUUUUGCUUGGAAGAACCGAGACGGAUUAAGUGGACUGUUCAUGUAAUAAAAACUAUUACCUUUUCGUUGAAGGUGGAACCUUUAUCCCGUUCAUCCCCUGCAGACGCCUCAUGCUCAUGGUUUUUGUGACGUGUUAGAUGCUAACUACAAGUAUUGUAUACCCUUGCAUGUUGACCUAUUAGGAUGGUAUGAAAUGGAACUGCCUUGCUAAAAGAUAUUUAUAAACUUCUACUGCUACUAGGGACUUUAAAAGUCAUUCACGAGCCAGCUGUUUCAUUGCUAGAUUUUUCGAUCACGUGAAACGGCACAAAUCCUGUUUGUUUGUCUUUUUUAACCUCGUCUUUCAUCCCUGUCCGUGUCUCGUCUGUGGGUUUUUUGUAGAAGACGCAAGCUAAGUCUUGCACUUCCUUUGCUGCUACUACAUGUUUGUUUUCAGGUUUGUCACAUGGCAUUUACACGCCUUUGUUCUCACAAGAGUAGGUACUAUAAGUGCAAAGAACCCCAACAACACUAUACUCUGUUUUUUGCGACUGCAGUUGGACUUGCAUCAGACAGAACUUGGAUGCUCAACAGUCCCUGGUCACUGUUGUUCACCAGAUAGUUUCAAUAGGAGACCGUUCUGGACUGCAGGCGGGCCAGUCAAGCACAUGCAUUCUAUGUCUACAAAGAUGUGCUAGAGUAAUUUUUUGCAGAACCCAAUGUAUCACUGCCUAGGGUCCCAAAGGUCACGCACAUUCAGCAGAGGUUCCUGGCACUUUACAUUUAGAACAUCUCUGCCUUUACAACGGACACUGAUAUUUUAGCUAGUUUGUUAUUUACAGACUCCUCUCUGGGGAAGUUUAGCACAAAGUAGAGAGGAUACCCUGUCCAAGACUUUGGUGGAUGCUCGUUUUUGACCCAGACUCACUAGUUAAUUUGUCAAAUAAGGAACAUCCCAGAAUGUUGAGAUAUUGUUUUUCUCUUCUCAACCUCUGGCCCAAAUGUUUUGGGUUUUGUUGCAGUUCAGUUUGUUAAUGAGUACAUAUAAAAACGGUUCAGGCCAAUUUCCAAGCAAAAUGUUUUGGUGAAAUUUCAAGAAUUUUAGUUUCAGGGAGUGUGCCGACUUUUGUGGUGAGUCUGGCUUGUAAAUAUUGUUUAGAGUUUGAAGUCAUUUUUCACUACGGCCCAGAACAAAGACUACUACCAUCAAGCCCCUAGAUUUAGUUUUAAGUUAGAAAAUUGUUUUUGUCUCACAUGUUAGACGUCUUUAGUCACUGUCUUCUCAUCAUCACUGUCUGCAGUUUAACAGUAUCAACUGUCUGCGUCGGCCUGGGUGGGGCACAUUCACGGUGUUUGCUGGACCUGUGUAGUAGACAUAUAAAAAAACAAUGUUGUUAUUGGACAGAGAAGGUGAAAAGACAGAGUUAACAACAUUAAAGAAGGACAGUAAUUUGGUACAAAACAAAAACAAUUAAAAUGAGCUUCACACACUUGGAUAGCCAAUUUUUUAGCAUGUCUAGAUAUCCAAAGUUUUAACCCUCUCAAAGCCAUGUGUUGAUAACUAACAUAGGCUAAAUAUGCAGAACUGUCACUGUGAAUCUGCCCCCCCGGUCCCUCUCCCCCACCCAUACCCCCAUCCAGUCAACCUCCUCCUCUGCAACUAAGGGUGUCUGCUAGCAGCUGCCUCCCAGGUGUUGCCAAGAGAGUGCAGAUAAAGUUUCCACCUUCAAACGUUUUGUAGGAACUAGAAAUGUCCUCCUAGUUCAGUGUUAACGCAGGUGUUACAGAGACACACUAGAAAAGACUUUUACUAGACCAUAUUUGAAAGAUAAAGAGUAUCUUAUGAAGAGAGAGUUAAGAUGAAAAGGGGAUAUAAGGCGAGCUUCUCUAACUUUGUUAUAAUUAAUUGUAUACCUGUGUAUGUAAAUAUGAGGCAUUCCUAUUUUGCAGUCAAGAACAAAAUACUAUUUGUAAUAUAGAAUAAACUUUAUUAUGAAACCAG